UGAGAGCUAGUGAACAAUUCUGAGAAAGAGACAAGGAUAGAGGGAAGAAAAAGACAGAGGGAAGAAGAGAAGAGAAAAGAGAGGAAAGAGAAGAGAUAGAGAGGAGAGAGAGAGAGAGCAAGAGAGGGAGAGAGAGAACAUGUGCGAUGAGCAAUAGCUGUGGACCUUACAGUUGCAGCUAACUGCCCUGGUGUGUGUGAGGGAGAGAGAGGGAGGGAGGGAGAGGAAGAGAGAGAGAGCGCGCACUAGCGCGAGAGAGCGAGUGAGCAAGCGAGCAGAAAAGAGGUGGAGAGGGGGGGAAUAAGAAAGAGAGGAGGAAAGGAGAGAAGGCAGGAAGAAGGCAAGGGACGAUACAACCAUGCUGUGCUGUAUGAGAAGAACCAAACAGGUGGAAAAAAAUGAUGAGGACCAAAAGAUUGAACAAGAUGGCAUCAAACCAGAAGAUAAGGCUCACAAGGCCGCCACCAAAAUUCAGGCUAGCUUCCGUGGACAUAUAACAAGGAAAAAGCUCAAAGGAGAGAAGAAGGGUGAUGCCCAAGCUGCUGAGGCUGAAGUGAAUGAAAAGAAGGAUGAAGUCCCUGUUGCUGAUGGGGUGGAAAAGAAGGAAGGAGAUGGCGCUGCUACCGCUGAUGCGGCCCCAACCACUGGUCCCAAGCCUGAGGAGACCGGCAAAGCAGGAGAAGCUCCUUCUGAGGAGAAGAAGGGGGAGGGCACCCCUGAUCCUGCUGCAGAGCAGGCAGCUUCUCAGGCUACUGCCCCCUCAGAGGAGAAGGCCGGCUCUGCUAAGACAGAAAGUUCCACUAAAGCUUCCACUGAUAACUUGCCGUCCUCCAAGGCCGAAGGCGCCCCAGCCAAGGAGGAGCCUAAACAAGCCGAUGUGCCUGCUGCUGCUGCUGCUGCUGCUGCCACCACCCCUGCUGCAGAGGAUGCUGCUGCCAAGGCAACAGCUCAGCCUCCAACGGAGACUGCAGAGAGUAGCCAAGCCGAAGAGAAGAUAGAAGCUGUAGAUGAAACCAAACCUAAGGAAAGUGCCCGGCAGGAUGAGGGUAAAGGAGAAGAACAUGAGGCGGACCAAGAACAUGCCUGAACUUUAAGAUAUGGCUUUCCACAUCCCUGCCCUCCCCUCUCCUGACCCCUGUCCCUCCCACCCUCUACUCAGCUCCACUCUGAAGUUUCCCUUCCUGUCCUGCUCACGUCUGUGAGUCUGUCCUCUCCCACCUACUGGCCCUCUUUCUCUCUGUGUGGCAAAUUUAAAAAAAAAAAAAAAAAAAAAAGCAGGAAAGAUCCCAAGUCAAACAGUGUGGCUUAAACAUUUUUGUUUUUUGGUGUUGUUAUGGCGAGUUUUUGGUAAUGAUGAUCCAAUCAUUUUGGGAAAUUCUUGCACUGUAUCCAAGUUUUUUGAUCUGGUGCGUGUGGCCCUGUGGGAGUCCACUUCCCUCUCUAUCUCUCUGUUCCAAGUGUGUGUGCAAUGUUCCAUUCAUCUGAGGAGUCCAAAAUAUCAAGUGAAUUCAAAAUCAGUUUUCUUUUUCUCCUUUUCAAUGUGAUGGAAUGAACAAAAAGAAAAAAAAAAAAAAAACCCAGAUUGUUUUAAAAAUAAAUAAAGCAAAUGUGCCAAUUAGCGUAACUUGCGGCUCUAAGGCUCCUUUUUCAAUCUGAAUAUUAAUAAAUCAUGAGAGUAAUCAA